GGACUGUCCUGAUGCAUCUGAUGAGAACUGUGUGAAACGAUGUCCCUACAUGACCGACUUCCRCUGCAAAGACCGUCGGAGCUGCGUCUCAAAGAGUCAGGUCUGUGACGGUCGCUCUCAUUGUCACGACGGCUCGGACGAGGUCGACUGUCCGGCCGUAGCUGCUCCUGCACCUCGUGCUAACAUCCUGAAGUGUCGCAAGGGCUCCAGACUUUGCAGAGACGGGACAGAAUGUGUUGUCUAUACUCACGUUUGUGAUGGAGAGAGAGACUGCAGAGACGGAUCAGACGAAGAAGAAUGUGAGAUCGCAACUAAUCCAGAAAAUCCACAUUUAAAUGAAUCCCCUGCAAUCGCCCAACCCUCGACUCAACCUCCCCACAAGCCGACCUGCACCAGUCCUUCAGUUCUGUGUCCCGGUUCCUCUUUAUGCAUUGAACCAACACAGCUCUGUGAUGGAAAGAGAGACUGUGCUGAUGGAUCUGAUGAGAACUGUUUGACAAGAUGUCCUUACACGACUCAGAUUCUCUGCACGGACCGCAGGAGCUGCAUCUUAAAGAAUCUGGUUUGUGACGGUCGAGCUCACUGUCACGACGGCUCAGAUGAGCUCAACUGUCAGAGCGAGUCUCCUCCUGCGUCUCAGGCUGAUGUCCUGAAGUGUCGUAAAGGCUCGAGGCCUUGCAACGACGGCACAGAGUGUGUUUUAUACAGCCAUGUGUGUGACGGAGAGAAGGACUGUGUGGACGGAUCUGACGAACGGGGAUGUCCGGAAACCUGUAAACAAGAUGAGUUCCAGUGCUCCCACGGGAGGAUGUGCAUCCCUACGGCUCAGGUGUGUGAUGGGAAGUUUCAGUGUCUGGAUAAGUCGGAUGAGGUUGACUGCCGAGAACAAACCAGGAGCUGCGAGUAUCGCUGUCCCGACGGCAGGCGCUGCAUCCCGAAGAAGUUCCUGUGCGAUGGCGAGAGAGACUGUGUGGAUGGCACGGAUGAGGAAGGCUGCAACUCUGGUACCACCACUGCUGCUGCAACAACAGCUAAGUCCCCUCUCCACACUUCCAAGUCGGCUUGCAUCACACCUUCAGUCCUCUGCCCCGGUUCAUCGAUGUGCAUCUCUCAGAAUCAGCUGUGCGAUGCACGACGUGACUGCCCCGAUGGGUUUGAUGAGCAGGACUGUGUGUUCCGGUGUAAAAACAGAGAUGACUUCCUGUGCAGCGACCGGAGAAAGUGCAUCUCCAAAGUGGAAGUGUGUGACGGACGUUCCCACUGUCCCGACGGCUCUGAUGAGAUGAAGUGUCGGUCAGAAGGUCCCGUUGAUCCCUACUCCAAUGUGCCCAAAGGCAAAUCAGCACCUGUGAAGUGUCCCAAUGGUUUCAGGCCAUGUAAAGACGGCCUGGACUGUGUUAUGUUCAACCACGUGUGUGACGGAGAGACUGACUGCGAGGACGGGUCCGACGAAGAAGGAUGUGCUGUCAAAUGCAAAGCAGGUGAGUUCCAGUGUUCUCACGGGAGGAGAUGCAUUCCACCAGCGCAGGUGUGCGACGGGCAGUACAACUGUCAGGACCGGUCCGAUGAAAUUGACUGUUCCAAGAUGAGUGAGGGCUGCCAUCAGCGCUGUGACAACAACACUCGCUGUAUACCCAAGACCUUCCUGUGUGACGGCGAGAGAGACUGUGUUGAUGGGUCGGAUGAGGAAAAGUGUGGUCUGGUGGCCUGUGCGAUUAACCAGUAUCGCUGCACCAGCGGUCAGUGUGUGUCUGAGGCCCUGAGGUGUGACGGAUAUGCCGACUGCAGCGAUCACUCCGACGAGAUGGAAUGCACCAGACCCCCGCGCUGCCCAGCACAGCUCCGAUGCCCACACAGCCACGAGUGCCUGCAGAAAGAGUGGCUCUGUGACGGCGAGAACGACUGCUCAGACGGCUCAGACGAGAAGAACUGUGUGACACCACCAGCAAAGUGCAGGGAACACCAAUGGCAGUGUGGAGACAGCAGUCAGUGCAUCCCUCUGUCCUGGAAGUGUGAUGGGAAAAAUGACUGUCACAAUGGAGCGGACGAAGACAAAUGCCUUCAGAGAAAAUGCCCGUCCCCCCUUUACCAGUGUGGCAGUGGAGAGUGUGUGGACCCUGGCCUGGUGUGUAACGGCUUCACUAACUGUGCCGACAGCUCAGACGAGGGCGCGGGAUGUGCUCAACGCAACUGCUCCAGCCCGUCAGCUCCUCAGUGUGAACACGGCUGCGUCAGCACCCCUAAUGGAGCGAGCUGUUACUGCGCUGCAGGUUUCACGCUACUGUCCGGCACCGUGUCCUGUGUGGACAUCAAUGAGUGCAGCGCAGAGCCCCACGCUGUAUGCAAACACUACUGCCACAACACCCGUGGAUCCUACGUCUGUCAGUGCCACCCUGGAUUCUACCUGGAGCCUGACAACAAAAGCUGCAAGACGAAAGACGAACCGUUGCUCCUGGCAUCCGUGCAGUCAGAGCUGCUACUCCUGGGAGUCCACAGCAGCACCCUGCGUCUUCUCUCCUCCGCCAGUCGGCCGGUCUUCUCGCUGGAUUACCACUGGGCGCAGCAGAGAGUUUACUGGCUGAGCCCCGACUAUCAGAGCAUCCGCUGGACUGACGUGAAUGGCUCCAAUAACAAAGGAACACUCAUCAAAGGAGUGAAGUUGGACUUUAUCGCUGUGGACUGGGUCGGUAAGAACCUGUACUGGGUGGACGGACUCGUCGGCCAGAUUCUGGCUGUGAAGCUCAGCGACGUGACAGUGAGAUCUCAGGACUACACUGUUGUUCUGGGAGAAGAUCUGGAGCAGCCCAGCUCACUGCUCUUGCUGCCACACAAAGGGCUGAUGCUGUGGUCGGAGAUCGGCAGAACCCCUCAGAUCGAGCAGUCUGGUAUGGAUGGUUCACAGAGGAAGGUGGUGGUGAGUCAAGGGCUGAGCUGGCCCGUCAGUUUGGCCUAUGACCUCCUGGACAACAGGGUGUACUGGGCCGAUGAGAAGCUGCGCUGCAUUGGCUCGGCCUCCCUGGACGGAGAUCAGGUCAAGAUUCUUCAGUUAGCUGAAACUCCGAGCCCUUUCUCUGUGGCGGUCUUCAACGACAGAUUGUUCUGGUCCGACACGAAGAGGAGAACGAUCCGCUCGGCUGAUAAGAACACUGGGAAAGAUCAGAAGGUUCUCCUGAAGAGACCUGGACAACCAUUUGGACUGAAACUGAUGCAUGCCCUCUCCCAGCCGGUCACACCCAGCCCUUGCAAUCAUCUCCGUUGUUCCCAUCUCUGCCUGCUGGCUCCUGCGGAAAGAGGCCAGUCAGGAGCUCCGGUGGUGAGGGGGCUCACAGCGGUUUGUCGAUGCCCAAAGGGGCUGCUGCUCUCCAAGGACAAGAUCACCUGCUCUCUGCCGAUGGAUUCAACUUUCAUGCUGCUUUUGUCUAGCACCACAGUCUAUCAGAUUUACCUCCACACGCUGCAAAAAGAAGGCGUUGCUCUUAAAAAAAUGCCAACCAGUCGAGUUAUGGCUCUUCCUGGAAUAACCGAUGCUGUGGGCCUGGACGUGUCCAUCCACGGGCUUUCUAUGUACGUGGCCGAUGCAGGACAAGGAACAGUGGAUAUGCUGAAACUGAGCGGCUCCAGGUCCAGACAGGGGCUGACACCUGCUGGACGAAUCCUGAAGCUGAAGAAGGAGGAUUCAGUCAUGGCUCUGGCAGUUGACUGGGUGACCUCUAACCUCUACUGGAGCAGCACCAACAGGCCCGACCUCCACGUUACCUCUCGGCACGGCGGCUACACCACCUCUCUGCUGCAGGGAUCCCUGAGGGGGACAACAUCCAUCGCUCUGCACCCCCCCUCGGGACGGCUUUGCUACACAGCGAUAGUUGCGUCCGAUGAGAAGAGCCAGACAGAGGUGAACUGCGCCUGGAUGGACGGCCGUAACAAAGCGGUGCUGUGGAGGGAGUCGCUCAUCCCCACCUCACUGGUCUUCUCUCAUCAAGGAUCCGUGAUCUACUGGGCUGACACGGGUGAGGGGGUGAUCAGCUCUGUCGGAGUGGACGGAUCAGGUUAUAAACAGUAUAAGACGGGGCCAGGUCUGCUCAUCUCCUUCACACAUACCGAGAACUUCCUCCUCUGGGUCACUCUGGACAAAGAUGUGACCAAACUGUGGUUCAGUGACGGACUUCAGCCUAAACAGCUGUGGUUUGAGACCAAGACGAGUCUGGUGGAGGUGAAAGCCUACAGCAACAACACCCAGUCUGGUAGGUUUCUGCAAA